AUGUCAACCGCUGUGAGAGCGAUUAUUUUCGUAUGUACCCUGGUUAUUGUAGCCGCAGCUCGUAAAAAUAGUCUGCAACUUGGUUCACUAAUCUAUUACAAGACUGGACGAUCGCCAUCGGAUUAUGAAAAUUAUGGAUGUUGCACAAAGUCUGGCUAUCGCAAUGGACUCGUUUCCGGGCAAUUUGUUGGAAUGACAUACGAUCGUCAGUCGAUGACCAUAACAUCUGAGCGGUUGUUUACACUGAAGUCGCUUUGGGCAACAGCUGCUUGGAAUGAUAAUUUAACAUUAGCCAUCACUGGUUCCUUGAGUUUUGGUCUUCUCAACCAGAAAUACAUCAAGACAGUGGUAAUUCAAGCAACUGAGAAAACUUUUGUGGAAUUCGAUGAUUGGGAAGGAAUAAAUCAUUUGCUGUUUAACAGCUCAGGUGGAAAACCACAUCCAGCGUUUACGAGUCACAGUGCAACACAUGUUGUCUUAGAUGAUUUGGCUAUCGAAUUUUAA